CCAGUACAAAUAAAAAAGAAAAUAAGAGGGUCGGGUCGGGUACGUUAUUUAACUAUAACGCACGGUAAAUCUUAUCGGUAAUUGAAUCGAACCGGCUUCCCUCCUUCCUAGUCUCUCAAAAACCCUAGCAUUCAAUUGCAGAGACACACACCACUGAAGGAAGAGGAGGACAAUAUGCCAGCUCCAACGCAAGAGAUGGAGCCCGUGGAACCACAAUCACUAAAGAAGCUUAGUUUUAAAUCUCUAAAACGAGCACUGGACCUCUUUUCUCCAAUUCACGGCCAGCUAGCUCCUCCCGAUCCAGAAAGUAAAAAAACUCGAUUGAGCCACAAGAUAAAUGUAAACUAUAAAGGAAUAAAAAAUGCAAAUGAAGUUCCAAGGCCAGUUCAUUCUUCUUCUGCAACUGAUUCAACGCCUUCUAAUGUCCUUGCUCUUCCAGGUCCAGAUGAUUCUAGGGAUCCACAAAAGGGUGGGACUCAAAACGCGUUGGUGGUUGGUCCAACUGUGCAACCAAAGGGAAUAAAUAAUGUUGGUCCUCAGGGAAAAAGCACUGCCUUGAUUUCUGGUUCUAAAUCAUCUGAAAGGUUCUCCACAUCUGCUAUAAUGGAAAGAAUUCCAAGCAAAUGGCCGCGUCCUGUUUGGCAUCCUCCAUGGAAGAAUUACAGGGUCAUCAGUGGUCAUUUGGGAUGGGUGAGAUCUGUUGCAUUUGAUCCAAGUAAUACAUGGUUUUGCACUGGUUCUGCUGACCGUACAAUCAAGAUAUGGGAUGUAGGAACUGGAAGGUUAAAGCUCACACUGACUGGACACAUUGAACAAGUACGAGGACUUGCUGUUAGCCAAAGACAUACCUACAUGUUCUCUGCUGGUGAUGACAAACAAGUGAAAUGCUGGGACCUUGAACAGAAUAAGGUUGUCCGGUCUUAUCAUGGUCACCUAAGUGGUGUCUACUGCUUGGCUAUUCAUCCCACAAUCGACCUUUUGCUAACUGGGGGACGUGAUUCUGUUUGUCGGGUCUGGGAUGUUCGUACAAAAGUUCAAGUUUUUGCGCUGUCUGGGCAUGAUAACACAGUAUGCUCAGUAUUCACUCGACCAACGGAUCCACAAGUCGUCACUGGAUCCCAUGACACGACCAUUAAGUUUUGGGAUCUUAGAUAUGGAAAGACUAUGUUGACACUCACACACCACAAGAAAUCUGUUCGAGCUAUGGCGUUGCAUCCUACCGAGCAUUGUUUUGCCUCUGCAUCAGCUGACAACAUUAAGAAAUUCAGCCUUCCAAAAGGAGAAUUCUUGCACAACAUGCUCUCUCAGCAGAAAACGAUCAUCAAUACAAUGGCUGUUAACGAGGAUGGUGUAAUGGCUACAGGAGGUGAUAAUGGGAGUAUAUGGUUCUGGGAUUGGAAGAGUGGUCAUAAUUUCCAGCAAACCCAAACAAUUGUGCAGCCUGGCUCAUUGGAUAGUGAAGCUGGCAUCUAUGCUCUCUCAUACGAUAUAACAGGCUCAAGGCUUGUAACUUGUGAAGCUGACAAGACAAUUAAAAUGUGGAAAGAGGAUGAAACUGCCACUCCAGAAACUCAUCCUCUCAACUUCAAGCCUCCUAAAGACAUCCGGCGGUUCUAGUGAUCACCUUCAUGUUAGACUGGGUUCUCAGCAUGCACCAGAAUGAACGCUGGUUAAAAUAUAAUGUAGUCAAUUUAGAUGGUAACUCGCCAAGUUCCAGAAGCAUGGAAUCGUUUUACUGUGAUAGGAGAUAGCAUGUUCGAAGCCCCCAACGGAUUAAUUUUUGUCUUCUGUUUCUGUAUAUCAUUUAUGAUAUUAGUUGGUUUUGCAACCAAUUUCCAAGCAUAUGUAUUUGUUUUGAUAAUCAAGGUUCUUAUUUUAGAACGCAAAUAGCAUGCCCUAUCAGCCUGUGGUAGAACGUAAUGUAUCGUACCUAAAUUGCCAGCUUAUGGUAUGGUACUGGCAAAUACUCAGCCUGAUUUCUGUAUUGUCUGUUUAUGAUUUUAUGGUUCCCUUCUUCUUUUUUUGUUUA